AUGUCGAUUGAAGAAUAUGCUCUUGAAUUGAGGGCUGCUUUGCACCAAUACCCUAACUUUCCAAAAGAAGGAGUUUUGUUUGAGGAUUUUUUGCCAAUUUUUAGAUCGCCACAAUUAUUCCAUAAAUUGAUUGAAGCUUUUAAACUACACUUAAUUUCUGCUUUCCCAGAUGUUAAGAUUGAUUAUAUUGUUGGUUUAGAAUCUCGUGGAUUUUUAUUCGGUCCGACGUUGGCCCUGGCAAUUGGUGCUGGUUUUGUGCCCGUGCGUAAGGCAGGAAAGCUUCCAGGUUCAGUUAUGCAAGCGAAAUAUACCAAAGAGUAUAGUGACGAUGUGUUUGAACUUCAAGUGGAUGCUAUUCCAGAAGGUUCUAAUGUUGUGAUUAUUGAUGAUAUUAUUGCUACGGGCGGUUCUGCAGCAGCAGCAGGUGAUUUAGUUUUGCAAUCAAAGGCUAAAAUUUUGGAAUUUGCAUUUGUGAUGGAAUUAAGUUUCUUGAAGGGUAGAGAUAAAUUGCAAGCUCCUGUGUUCACCUUAUUGAGUGGCCAACAAGAGGGUUUGAGAAAAUAG